AUGACACACGUAGGACCGGAGGACGCAGAAACUUCUGCCGCGGCGCCGACUCCACAGCGGAGGAUGCGUGUCUUCUCCCCAGCGGGGUCGCUGGAGGCGCUUGCACGGGCGUUGCAGGAGGGUGCAGAGCGACUGCAUCUUGGACCUCACGGCUUAUGCGCAGCCUCGGUGAGCGUCGAGGGUGAGCUGCGGCUUUUCCGCCCAAGGGCGGGGGAUGUGCUGCGGGCGACGGCAGGGUUAGAGGCAUGGUGGGUGCUUUGGCGCGCGUUCCUUGCAGAUUCCCCGAGCAACACAACGAGAGCAUCGCCACGUGCAGACAAUGAGCGUACUCCACGGCUUCUGGACGGUCAGGGUCGGCUACUUAUCACGAGCGCGGCGUUGCUGCGCCAGCUGCUCUCCCCUGCCGCACAGUAUCCGGUCAUUUGCUCCCCGUCCUCGCUGCGCAAUCGGCUUCGGCUGGUGCGAGUCCUGCGCGAGCUGACAACCCCGGGUGCUCUGCGGGACGUUCCCGUCCUCGGAGACGAUGACGGCAGCGACGUGGAGCAACGCGGGGGAAGUGACGUGAUUGGCAGACUGGUGCGUGCAUCUCUUCGAGGUCUGCAGCCAUACGUCUACGGUGCUGCUGCGGCUUCAAAGACGGCGCCACGACACGUGGUGGAGGGGUGCAUUCAUUUCACAAUGUGCACCGAGGUUGAGGGAGAUGUGCUGACGGCGCUUCGGCAACUGCUUGUGCGUCUGCUCUGGACUCCGGUCUUCCCAAGCGGGCAGGUGACCCCCGCCUCCAUCGUGGCCCGGGCACGAGACGUCUUGCUUCGCCCCGCGGCAUACAUUGUGCCUUGCCAGGGGGACUCUGUACUUUCCUCCUGCGUCCUGCCGUUUGGCGCCUUUCUGCUGCCGACCGUGUCUCCCGAGAUUUACCCGCACCACGGCACAGCCACUCCCUUCUUUGCCUUGGAGCGCCGGGCCGAUGUUGAUGAUGAUAACGAUAACGAUAAGCAACACUCGCGGGUUAUGUUGCUGCGCAUCGAUGAUCUGGGUGGGUUGCUGGACUUUGCACACUCCAAUAAGAAGGAAGUCGCUGACAGUGAGAGUAGUCAUGACACGAGUGAGGGCAGCAAUGACGGAAGAAGAGUUGUGGAGCGCCACUGGACCACGGCAGAGCAGGAGAAGGCGCAGUUGGAAGCUGCCCGGAUGCUUUACGAGUGGGCCAGGAAGCACGGUGUGGCGGCCAUACUCACUCCUUCGCACGCACCGCCGGUUAUAAAGACAUAUGGACUUCGUUACGACGCCACCGCCAACACAAGUGAAGCAGCACAGCGUAGUCGCCCCAUCUUUAUGGUAGACGAGGUGAAUGAGGUCGUGUUUGACGCAUUGCUGCGCCGUUUGCAGUAUUGGAGACGCUGCAAACCGAAGAAAAGCGAUGGUGUUGCGGAGACACCUGUUUGGUGCCCCACCGCAGCUCUUUUGCGCCGUGGUGGGUUGGUGUUGCCGGGUCAGCUUGAGGAUGCGCUUGUCCCUGUGCGUCGCCUGGUAUACGGGCCGUUACGCGAAGUUUGCUCUUCUGCCGCAGUGCGAGAGCCUGCGCUGAGUGGGGGCCACGGCGUGCGAGUGGUGCUGCUGGAGUUGGACGAGAGCGCGCCAUUGGAAGAGGGCAGGGGUGGUCCUGAGCGAAUUUUGGGGCUGAGCUCCAUACUGCUCGUGGGCCCAACGGCGUCCCAGCGCCGCGUGUACAUGAAUUUGUUGCUCAAGUGCCUGGCGAACGUGCGGGCGGCCAUGGACGCAUCGCCGUCGGGCGCUGGUGUUGCUCCUGAGUGCGGGCUCGGUUAUGUGCGGGCUGGCGGUGCCUUGCCGAUCGCCCUCGCGCGUCAAUUGCGCCUCAGUGCGGAGGCGUUGACGCGGCCAGCCGAGGCCGCCCGCGGCGCAGCGGAGGAAAGGGCCCGUCGCUGGGCAACCGCAAACGCGCCUGCGGUGGCUGCCGUGCUGCGGAUGUUGGCGGAGGCGGCGUUGGAGGGGCCGCGGCGUCUGGCGGCGCAUCUCACCGCCCAACACCGACCCCUGCGGCACGCGUGGCUGCGGCUGGAGAGCGAUGCGGUUGGGCAGUCGAAGUCCCGCGCCGCCAACGCCAUCACCGCCGCACGGGACCCACCGCUGCACGUCUGCAUUCGCGAGGACGUCGCCUUCUAUCGCCGCAGCCACGCGCCCCCGUCGGGGGGCGCUGGCGCCACCGACAAGGCGACAAAUUACUUCUGCUGCAGCGACACGGAAAGCGGCGACAGCGACUCCGACUCCGACGGCGAAGGCACAGGCACAGGCCAGCAGGAGCGCGUGCGUGGGCCACCGCCGCUCAGUUUUGUUGAACCGAUUGCGGCGACGGCGGUUGUGCUUCGCGGCGCCAUAACGCUUCUGCGAUUGACGUUGAUGAGCGACUUCGGUGCGCCCGAGGACGUGAGUUUGUGA